AUGGCGUUGCCGAUUAUUUUGCUACUGUUUCUUCUUCUCCUGAAGUCACCGGCUCCGUCCUCUCAAAUGGAAAUUCAUCAGACUCCACCGCCACCAAGCAGCGGGGAUCAGCCUACCAGCCGUAUCGCUUUGCUUCGCGAAAUACAAGAAUCCAAACUUAAGCUGGCUCAAUUAGAAACCGAUCUUGAGAGAAGCAUCCAAGAGUUGAAUGAGAGAAGCGUGCGUAUCAAAGCAUGUGAGAAGAAGAUUGAGGAGUUGGACCUUCUUACUAAUUCGUUAAGAAGUUCUUUGGCCAGUCUUGAGGCUGAUCACUCGCAUGUAAAUGAAAAGGUUUCCAAUCUUGAAGCUGAGCUUACACUUCUUUGGUCUACCUCAAGAAAAAAAUAUUUUGAGAUUCACACACUGGAAUGUAGACUGCGUGAUGCUGAGAAGAGAUUAAAUGGGACCAAAGCACAGGUGAAUGAGGUUACUGAAAUCAUAUCUGAACAGUGGAUUCAAAUUCAGCAACUUGAACAAGCUGUUCACAUGGCAGAGUUUAGAACAAUGAAGGUCAAGAGACAGCUAAGAGCUGCAAGAUGCCCGUUUGUGAGAUUCAUAAAAAAUGUCGUAGGAGAUCAUUUUGCAAUGUUGAAUUGGAUACUCGAUCCAUAUUUGUAUGAUGGCUUUGCUACUCUGGAGUCCUCCAUCUCUGAAGCUCCAAUUUGCUUAAGAAAAACCUUUUCAGCUGUAAAACAUUACCAUCAUCAGUUGCAAGGUUACAUCAAGCAGUAUAUGUUAAGGAAUAAGGUUACUGCUGUUCUUGUGCACAAGGAAGUGGCCGAGGAGGGCACGAUAUUGAGAAUGAGAGUGGAAACGCAUUUCCCUGAUACAGAUACUAACAAUGAUUCAAAUACCAGUAGCUACUUGUGA